AUGAUUGCCACUGUGCUGGUCUUUGUGUCCAGCUCUGAGGUCCAGAGGUGUGCUGAGGAAUCUGGCAGCAGGAGGUGUGGGACCCCAUCAGUCAGACUCUUCUGUGGAAAAGGCAUGGACACAGGGUUACUGCAUGUACCCACUGGUAGGACCAGCUUCAAGGGGGACUGUGUGAACUGUGGCUGCAUCUGCUCCAUAAUCGUAUCCCACCCCGAAAAUGACCAGAUGUGCUACCUGCGUGUCUGCCUGGCUCUGCUGUCCCUCGUCCUCUCCCCAGCUCUUGGACAAUUAGACCUUAACCGGCUUGAUGGGGAUACCGUCUGCCCACCAAUCAGGAGCGGACAAGAUGAUCUUCCAGGUUUUGAUUUGAUCACACAGUUCCAGCUGGAUGUCAUUCCCCUGAAAGGUGUGAGGAAAGUGGACGGCUCCACUUCUCAUCAGGUGGCCUAUCGCCUGGACAGAGAGGCCAACUUCCAGAUUCCAACCAUGCUGAACUUCCCCCGUGGUUUCCCUGACGAGUAUUCCUUCAUGGUGACGUUCCGUAUGAUCAAGAACACGGUGAACAAAGUGUGGAACGUGUGGCAGAUUGUGGACGAGGAUGGGUACAAGCAGGCAGGCAUGCGUCUGAAUGGCGACCAGCAGGCUCUGGAGUACUUCCUGAUGGGUGCAGACGGGACCCUCCAGACCGUCACCUUCCCUGGGCUGUCGGUGCUCUUCAACACCCGCUGGCACAAGGUCAUGAUCGGGGUGGAACGUGACCAGGUUACCCUCUAUGUGGACUGCCAGCCCGUGGACAGGAAGCCCAUAAAAGGCAAGGGCCCCAUCAACACAGAGGGGGACACUCUGAUUGGACGGCUGGACUCAGAUCCGGAUGCUUCAGUAGUGUUCGAGCUGCAGUGGAUGUUGAUUCACUGUGAUCCAAAGAGAGCCCAGAGAGAGAGCUGCAAUGAGCUACCUGCCACCGAGAUGUUUGCCAAUGCUGAGCCUGACAAAUCAAUGCAAGGUCCACCUGGUGUGCCUGGCCCUGAGGGACCCCGGGGGCCCGCUGGAGAGGACGGCAGGGAUGGAAGAGAUGGUCUUCCAGGUUCUACUGGCACCCCAGGGUCACCUGGCACCAAAGGGGAGAAGGGUGAAAUCGGACUGCCAGGACAGAGAGGUCUCCCUGGCCUCCCAGGACCUAUUGGAUCUCCAGGUCCAAUGGGUCCCAGAGGGCCAGUCGGUGAGAGAGGUCUUCCUGGUUUCCCUGGACCACCAGGCCCUCCAGGCCCAGCCACUGAAGGAGCCCCCGGAGCACCAGGCAAACCUGGCACCCCCGGAGAUGAAGGAAACAUUGGACCAGAGGGUCCUCCUGGGCCAAGAGGGACUGCUGGAGCAGCUGGACCUCCAGGGCCUCCAGGUCCACCAGGGCCUGCGGGCCCUCCUGGUGCUGCUCCUGAGGGAAGUGGGGAACCUUGUCCUGCCAAAUGCCCUGCCGGACCACAGGGACUGCCUGGGCUUCCAGGGAUGAAGGGACACAAAGGUACCGCUGGUGAACCGGGAGUUAACGGCAUCCCUGGAGAGAAGGGAGAUGUUGGAGCAGAUGGUCCUCCGGGGCCGCCUGGGCGCAUGGGGGACGAUGGUGUAAGAGGGCCUAUUGGGUUCCCUGGAACCCCUGGAGAAAAAGGAGAUAAAGGUCCACCUGGUUUCAAUGGUGUCCCAGGACCCACAGGCCCACCUGGAGCUCCGGGAGUGGAGGGAAUCCGCGGACGUCCAGGGCCAGAGGGACCCAAGGGUGAAGAAGGCCCAGUGGGACCUCAGGGAGAGAAGGGACCACAAGGAGAGAAAGGAGAAUCUGGAGUGCCAGGCACAGAUGGCUUAGAUGGACUUCCUGGAGUGGACGGAGCUAAGGGAGAGCCUGGUACUCCUGGAGCUGUUGGUAUCAGAGGGAUUGUGGGUAUUCCAGGACUGCCAGGGAAACAGGGUGUGAUGGGACCCCCUGGUGAAAAGGGCGACACUGGGGACGUGGGACCAAUCGGACCUGUGGGACUCCCAGGCAAAACUGGAGAGGAUGGAGACCCUGGAGAGGAUGGUAAACCUGGAGAAAAAGGAGCAACAGGAGAAACUGGGAAGCAAGGGCCAGUGGGGCCAGCAGGACCUCCAGGAAUCCAGGGCGAUAAAGGAGAAAAAGGUGACGCUGGGGAGAAGGGACUUAAAGGACAUACUGGACUCAAAGGUGAUAUGGGACCAGUCGGACCAGUGGGGCCUAAAGGAAGUAUGGGUGACACAGGUGUCCCUGGGGAUUCCGGAGUAAAAGGAGAUCAGGGGCCUCCUGGAGUGACUGGACUCAAGGGAGAGCGUGGAGAGAAAGGAGCAAGAGGAGCCACAGGAGCAGAGGGCAGGCCAGGACAGCCAGGACACGAGGGUCUGUCUGGACCAAUGGGAGCUCGAGGCUUAGAGGGAGAGCCAGGAGUACCUGGACCCCCAGGUCCCAGGGGACUACCUGGUCCAAAAGUCAGUGAUGAGAAGCUCAAAGAAAUGUGUGCUGCUGUUGUUGAAGAACAACUGUCAGAGUUUAGGAAAGAGCUGCUGAAGAAGCCUGCAGCUCUUGGCGCACCUGGUAGCCCUGGACCAGCAGGCCCUCCUGGGUCCCCAGGACCAGCUGGAGCUGCAGGUGCAGCUGGAACCCCAGGGCCGAUGGGUCCUAAAGGUCCUCCUGGCUUCUUUGGUCUUCCAGGAGCUCCAGGUAAAAAAGGUGACACUGGAGACAAGGGAGACAAGGGAGACAGAGGAGAGGAUGGGGUUGGAAUUAAAGGAAGCCCAGGUGAACCAGGAGCCCCAGGUGCUCCAGGUGCUCCAGGCGUCGGUAAAGAUGGUAAAAAUGGAGAGCGUGGUGAGACAGGAAGUCCUGGUGUCCCGGGAGUAUCAGGUCCCAGAGGCCCCUCUGGCCCCCCUGGCCUCUGUGACCCCUCCACCUGUAUAGCCAGAAUCCCUCCUCUGUACAUGGUUAGUGGAAAGAAGGCUGCUAGCUACAAAAGCAGAAAGUGA